AAAACACAGUACUCACAAUCUGCAAUACAAAAUACACCCCACUUUUCCUUCAACGACUGCUCAUCCAAUAUCACCACUUUUCCUUGUACUAGGUGCGUUUCUCUCUCAUUUUUCUUCCUUUCAAUUUUUCAUUCUUCUCUUUUGUUUUUUUUUAUUUGGAAUUUGAUCGCAAUAUUAUUUUUGUAGUUGUUUCCACUUGUAAUAGUAACAGAUAAGUUCCAUUUAAUUGUAAAAAAUUUUGUAAUUGGAUGAGGAAUCACUGAAAAAAACAGUGUUAAUCUAGCACAUAAUUGGUAAGUAAAGGGCAAAGUGCUCGGAAAUUUUGCACCAUGUUUUAGAAUUCGGAUGUGGUUUAAUUUCUUAUUGAUAAUUCAAUUUAGGUUAGAUUGUUUGAAUGGGUAUUACACUAACUUUUUUCUGAUGUUAUGUUGAAAGAGUAAUCCUGUCAUCUGGUUUAUUUAAUCUGUACGAUUUCUUUUUUACUUUGUAGAAUUAUUCACUUCUAGAAAACUAAUUUUCGUAUUUGUUGAUACUUCUAUAAAAUUUUAUUUUUCACCGUUUAGAAAACGGAUAAAUGGACGGAUAUAUAUUGUAGUAGAUUUAUUGGAUCAAUUCUUUUUUUGGUAAAGGAUUUUAAUGGAAUUCCAUUUUAAUGAAGAGCAUUAGUCGUAUUCCGCUUCAGGGAGUGACGCAUAACUCUUAUGCGUCACUAACAAAAAGACGCAUAAUCCUUAUGCGUCGCUAUUAAACGACGCAUAAUCAUUGUGCGUCGUUAGUUAAUGACGCAUAACCAUUGUGCGUCGUUUAUUAGAGACGCAUAACACUUAUGCGUCGUUUAUUAGAGACGCAUAAUACUUAUGCGUCGUUUAAUAGAGACGCAUAACUCUUAUGCGUCUUUAGUUAGCGACGCAUAAUACUUAUGCGUCGUUAGUUGAGUUUUAAAACGGGCAGAAGGCAGAAUCAGGCAGAAACGCGACGAAAGAGGCGAAGCAGGCGAGGCAGGCGAUUUCCGACGAAUCCGAGCAAAAUCCGGCGAAUUACCACCAUUUUGCAACCAUUUUCCGCUAGCACUAAUGGGCCGUAAGAGUCAAAAUUUCAGCAUCAGUGGACCUACAUUUCUGACGGCUGUUGAUUGGAGCAAUUCCCACCACAGAAGAUCUGUGGCGGCGUGCUUGGUCCAGGCAGUGUACACCAUGGAGGAGGACCGACGUCGUGACCGGCAAGACCCCGACGUCCUGGCUCCUCCAUGGUGGCACUCCUUCAACUUCCGUCUCGUCCAAAUCCUCGUUGACAAUCAUGACCUCUCGCGCUAUGGCGCAGUCUUCGAGUUCAUCAACUACCCGUACUACAACCACGAAGCCCGCGAGACGCAACAACCGCCGCAGUAUGUGAUCGCGUUCCGCGGCACGGUCCUGAAGCUAGGGACCCUGAAGGAGGACUUAAAGCUGGACUUCCACUUGUGGCUCAACGACCACAAGAAGAGCAGCCGUUUCCACACCGGGCUGGAAACGACUACCCAGAUGACCCGGUGUGGAAACGUCUGGCUGGCAGGGCAUUCCCUGGGGUCGUCCCUGGCACUGGCUAUCGGACGGGAAAUGGCCAUGGGCCACGGGAUACAUCUCGAGACUUACUUGUUUAACCCGCCCUUUAUAACUCUGCCCAUCGGGUGGAUCAAGAGCGAAAAGGUGAAGCUCGGGCUGAGGAUCAUUAGCAGUGCUAUUACUGCUAGCGUUGCUGCUGUUGCUGGUGCUGGUGCUGGUGCUUGGAAAAUGGACCAUUUUACCGCGCUCUCGACGUGGGUCCCGUAUCUGUUUAUUAACCUGUCGGACCCCAUAUGUGCCGAAUACGCGGGGUAUUUCAAGCAUAGGGGGGAUAUGGAGGCGAUCGGGGCGGGGGAGAUUGAGAGGGUUGCUACCGAGAAUGCGCUCGGGAGCAUUUUGUCGUCGUGUGAGGCGUUGCACCUUCUUCCCUCGGCUUAUCUCAGUAUCAACGGCGCACCGAGUCUUAGGGAGUCUCAUAGGUUAAGGCAAUGGUGGAGACAUGAUUUGGAGUUGGAAUACAAGCAUUACCUACACUAGCAUUUUUCAUUCUUUUUUCUUCUAUCAACAUUACCACAUUGCCUAUUGUUUUUUCCUGUGUAAUUUAAUGUUGUCGCACAUCAGUUGUGUCAAACCACCCACAUCACCGACGAAUAGAUUUGGAAAAACAUUUGAAACAUUUUUACAAUUAAAAAAUCUUGUCCAAGUCCAAGAGACAAACUAACACAAGAUUCCAUCUAACGAUAGGAACCGUAGAAAUCAUGG